AUGCUUCCAAUAGAAAAAGAAAAUUCUAGAGUUGCUACAACUAAACCAUUAGAUGAACUUUUUACUAAUGUCGGUCAAAAGUUUGACUUAGAUACCGUAAAGCAUGAAGGCUAUCGUUUUGACUACCCAUUAAGAUGGUUAAGAGACCCAUCUGUCACAAAAGCUAUUGGCUUUCGAAGAAUAAAGUUCAUUUCAGAAGCCAUACAUGGUUUCCCAUUUACGGUCGGUUUUGAAGUUCUGUAA